AUGUCCAGAGGCGACCCUCCAUCGCCUCCUCCUAAUCCGCCACCAAGCCCCUCAAUGGGUGCUGCGGAUCCCGAAGAUACAGAUUAUGCAUGGUAUAUAUUCCAACAUCUGCUCCUAGACCACAUAUUCGAACAAUACACAUAUCGUCUUCGACCGGAUUGCAGCAGUGUGGCGGAAUCUGACUAA